AUGGGAGAAAACAUUUCUGUUGAUGAAUCUCUAACGUUAUGGAAAGGAAGGCUGGCAAUAACGUAUCUGCCUCCAAAAUCAGCGAAAUUUGGCAUAAAGUCCUAUGAGAUCUGCGAAUCUUCCACGGGUUAUUUAUGGCAAUUUAUUAUUUAUGCAGGAAGUACUACAGAAAUAGAAACGAAACUUCUUCCUGCAGAUACACUGAAAACCAGUCAGAUUGUAGUUAAGCUUGUUGAGCCUCUUUUCAACUCAGGCCAUACGCUCUGGAUGGACAAUUAUUAUAAUAACGUCCUUUUGUGCCACUUCCUGAAGGAAAGAGGUAUGAAUGUAGCUGGCACACUUCGACUGAAUAGGAAGAAUAUACCUGAUGCCUUGAGGCGUGCAAAGCUGAAGAAAGGUGAACUCGUAGCAUAUCAUUCACACGGCGUAAUGGUAAUGAAAUGGAUGGAUAAAAAGCAGGUUGCCUUUAUUUCAACAUUUUUUAAUAAUGCAGUUGUUACGGCAACCAAAAGGGGCAACGAGAUAAGAAAGUCUCAGUGCAUAAAAUAG